AUCCCGGCUUCACCAUCCUGAAAAGUAAUACUUGUGAGGAGGAAGAGACUCUAUCAACAUGGCUAUGGUAUCAGAAUUUCUGAAACAGGCAUGGUUCAUGGACAACCAGGAGCAGGAAUGUAUUAAAAGUUCAAAAGGUGGCUCUUCAGUACAGUCACGCCCAAACUUUGAUCCCUCAGCUGAUGUUUCUGCUUUGGAUAAAGCUAUUACUGUAAAGGGUGUAGAUGAAGCCACCAUCAUUGACAUCUUGACUAAAAGAACAAAUGCUCAACGUCAGCAGAUCAAAGCUGCCUAUCAACAGGCAAAAGGAAAGAGCCUGGAAGAAGACUUGAAAAAGGUGCUGAAAAGCCACUUGGAAGAUGUUGUUGUUGCUCUUCUCAAAACUCCAGCUCAGUUUGAUGCUGAAGAAUUAAGGGCCUCUAUGAAGGGGCUUGGAACUGAUGAAGAUACUUUAAUUGAGAUUCUGGCAUCAAGAAACAACAGAGAAAUCAGAGAAGCCAGUAGAUACUACAGAGAAGUACUGAAGAAAGAUCUGACACAAGAUAUAAUUUCUGACACGUCUGGAGACUUUCAAAAGGCUUUGGUUAUUCUAGCCAAGGGUGACCGAUGUGAAGAUCCUCAUGUGAAUGAUGAUCUUGCUGACAAUGAUGCAAGGGCCUUAUAUGAAGCAGGAGAGAAAAGGAAAGGGACGGAUGUUAACGUGUUUAUUACUAUUCUUACUUCAAGAAGCUACCCUCAUCUUCGAAGGGUCUUUCAGAAGUAUGCUAAAUACAGCAAGCAUGACAUGAACAAAGUACUUGAUUUGGAGCUGAAAGGUGAUAUUGAAAACUGCCUGACUGCCCUUGUGAAGUGCGCCACAAGCAAGCCAGCUUUCUUUGCUGAAAAACUCCACCUGGCAAUGAAGGGGAGUGGAACACGACACAAACAGCUCAUCAGAAUCAUGGUAUCACGCCAUGAAAUAGACUUGAAUGAGAUCAAAGCUUAUUAUAAGAGUCUGUAUGGUAUAUCUCUUCGCCAAGCAAUUAUGGAUGAACUCAAAGGGGAUUAUGAAACCAUCCUGGUCGCUUUAUGUGGAAGCGAUAAAUAAGUAUCUUGUUCUCCUGAUGCACCCAAGCCCUGUUGCUGAAGGUGCUUAUAUUAGCCUCAGCUGUCUAUAUAAAAUACAGGCUUCACACACUGAGAUUUCUUUGUAACUGUACUUAGUAUACAACUUUUAUGUAGAAAACCUGGAACUUGGAAUGUAUUUUUCAAUACCUGUAUUCUGUAUGCCUGUAUUCUGUAUGGAAUGAAUAUAUCUUUUUAUCACUAUUCAUCUAAAGUCAACAAAUGCCAUUAAGUUUCUAUUUGCUUUAUUAAUCAUGAAAUAAUCAAGUUUUCAUCUAAUAAAAUCAAACUAGCUUUAAAAAAUAAAAUUAACCUCUGUGAAUUUUA